AUGGAGUCAAACAGAGUGAGCCGCAAUAAUUAUACUGAAGAAUCAGGUUUGAAACAAUUGGAUUCGAAUAAAGUAGUAGAAGAGUAUGAUGUCGGCUAUAUGAAGAAGAUUCAGGCGUUUAAAAGUUUUACAUUUAAUGAUGAAAAUUUUAAUGAUCAGACAGGUUUUAAGCAUUUGGAGCAGAAUUUAAACCCAGGAAGUGGAUAUAAUUUUAAGAAGAUUAGUGAAAAUAUUGAGCAGUCUUUGGUCGACGAUUAUAGCGAUGGCGAAAUGUUUGAGGAGGAUCAUUGAGAUCCAAAGUUGAGAGAAGAAAUAAAAAUUGACCAUCUGGAGGGAGAAAUUAAUUGAGAAAAUCAGGUGGCGAUAAAUAAUAAAAACAGAAACAUAUUUUCAAACAUUUUAAUGAAUGAAAGUGAUGAUGAAAUGGAUGAUCCCCAUUUAAGGAUUUCAUAUUCAAAAAUAACGCCAAAUAUCUUAAAAUCCGCGACUAAAAGUUCAAAGGGCCUAAAAAGUUGACAAAAACGUCAAAAAUCUCAUCCUUCACAAGACCCACCUAAACCAGCUCCUAGCACCUCUAAGGCCUCUUUAGAGCCUAUUCCAGACCUAUUUCUCCCUCAAAUCCUAUCAGAAUUUUCCACUACAAUUCCUUCUUCUGCUCCCUUCCUGAUUACUUCUAAAGAUGAUCUAUUAUCUCAGAUCAGGCUGAACAAGUCUGUUCUUGCAAGCCAGGCUUCUGAGAUAGACUACCUCAAGUGACAGCUUUCAAGCCUGAAGCCUGCAAAGGCUAAAGCCUUGAAAGCCGCCAAGCCGAGUCCUUGAGAGGCUAUCCAAGCUGAUACAUUUAGGCUGCAGCAAGAACUUGACCAAGUAAAAACUGAGAUGAACAAAGUAACACAAUGGAAACACCAGAUAAAAGAAGAGAAAGCCAGAUUAGUACAAGUAGCAAAGCUCUUAGAGAAAAUAAAGACCAGCUGGAGGAUAAACAAGCCAUCCAACCCCAACCCCCCACCACUUCCUAAAACCCCCUCUUAAUCUCCCAAUCCUCCUCUAA